AGUUAACUUACUCGAUCUGAAAGAAGACUAGCUGUUGAAUUUUCAACCUCACCUCCACCUUCCUCGAAAAUUCUCAAAUCUCCAUUCUCAACACCAAAAGAACUCCAAUACCAUCAUUUAACCUCAUCGCCGAAACACCCUAACAAAACACAAAAGAUCCAAUCCUUUGCCUAAAAGAUGGAGAAUUCAACCCAAGAAUCCCACCUAAGAUCAGAAAACACUGUAACAUAUGAAUCCCCAUACCCUCUCUAUGCCAUGGCAAUCUCUUCAACCGCAUCUCGUGCGAACCAAUACCAGCGGAUUGCCUUAGGUAGCUUCAUUGAAGACUACAACAACCGUAUAGACAUCGUCUCUUUUGACCCUGAAACCCUCUCUAUCAAAACCCACCAAAAUCUCUCUGUUGAGCACCCUUAUCCACCCACAAAGCUCAUGUUUAGCCCUUCAUCUCUUCACAAGUCCAAUGACCUCUUAGCCUCUUCUGGUGACUAUCUUCGAUUGUGGGAAGUUAGAGACUCUGCUUCUGUUGAGCCUCUUUUGGUGCUUAACAAUAGUAAGACGAGUGAGUUUUGUGCCCCUUUAACUUCUUUUGACUGGAAUGAUAUUGAACCUAAGAGAAUUGGUACUUGUAGUAUUGAUACAACUUGUACUAUUUGGGAUAUUGAAAAGGGUGUUGUUGAAACACAACUUAUAGCUCAUGAUAAAGAGGUUCAUGAUAUUGCUUGGGGAGAAGCAAGGGUUUUUGCUUCAGUUUCUGCUGAUGGGUCAGUUAGGAUUUUUGAUUUAAGAGAUAAGGAACAUUCUACUAUUAUAUAUGAGAGUCCUAGACCUGAUACACCGUUGUUGAGAUUGGCUUGGAACAAACAGGAUUUGAGGUAUAUGGCUACAAUAUUGAUGGAUAGUAAUAAAGUUGUGAUCUUGGAUAUUAGGUCUCCAACAAUCCCUGUUGCUGAGUUGGAGAGGCAUAUGGCGAGUGUGAAUGCUAUUGCUUGGGCUCCGCAGAGUUGUAGGCAUAUUUGUUCUGCUGGUGAUGAUUCACAGGCACUUAUUUGGGAGUUACCUACUGUGGCUGGGCCUAAUGGGAUUGAUCCAAUGUCAAUGUGCUCUGCUACUUCUGAAAUUAACCAGCUUCGAUGGUCUGCUGCACUGCCUGAUUGGAUUGCUAUCGCGUUUUCAAACAAAAUGCAGCUUUUAAAAGUUUGAGCCUGGCCCGCAAUUUUCCUUGGACAUUGUUGUUGAAUGGCUUGGUUAUGAUCCAGUCUUUGGUUGGUAGUAUUUAUGGCCAUGAUGAAUGCACCUUUUAAAUCCACCCUCAACAAUAGUUGCCUCCUUUGAGUCCGUUUCUUCUUUUAUUUUGCAAGACAGACAGAUUGCUAGUGAUGAAGGAGGGAGCUAGCAAGGGUCCUGGAUAGUUCAAAUCAGAUUUCAAUAUAUUUUCUAAUAUGUAAUGUAUCCAUCCAAUCUGACUUUAGUUUCUUUGUGGAUCAUUAUGGAGAGUUUUGAACAUCGAUGACUCUUGUCUUCAAUCUGGUCAAGUUCAUGGACUCAUCUCCCUUAUUAUGCUGAUGCAGUUGUGUUCCGGGUUUUGUGACUUGUAACCUUUACUUAGGCACCUGGUUUUUGGCACUGUGUUUAUACUUCUUCAUUGUAUAAAAACUGUUACAUCUCAUGGAAAAUUCUGCUUUGCAUUUA